UCAUCGGCCCAAGCAUAUUCCACGGGGCCGCCAUUAACAAAUGAAGGGAUGGACCAAACGUGGCACCAAAUUAAAGCCCAAACUCGUACAAUACAAUAAAUGGGCCUUUCUCGUUUCUUGCCCACUCCACCAGCCUUCUCUAUAAAAUCUUCCCUAAACUCCCACAUUAGCUUGCACCUUUCAAGAAACAAAAAAUGUCGAGACGAGCCAUGCUCAUCAUCCUCAUCUUCAUUUCCAUGGCGGUCCUCUCAUCAAGCGCCCAACAACCACCACUCAAUUGGGCCAGAAGGCUCGACUCCGGCGACGGCCCGGAGUCCGUCACCAACCUCCAGUUCUACUUCCACGACCUCCCCGGCGGGAAGAACCCGACCGCGGUCCAGGUCGUCAAGCCGGCCUCCUCGGGCACCUCCAUCAACAGCUUCUUCGGGUCGGUCGCGAUGGCCGACGAUGCGCUGACCGAAUCCGCCGACGCGGGUUCCAAGGUCGUAGGCCGGGCGCAGGGGCUGUACGGCUUCGACAGCCAGAGCGACCUCACGCUGAUGAUGUCGAUGAGCUACGUAUUCACGGACGGGCCCUACAGCGGCAGCUCCCUCAGCGUCGUGGGCCGGAACCCGACCAUGGACACGAACCGGGAGCUGCCCGUGAUGGGCGGGACGGGGCUGUUCAGGAUGGCGCGUGGCUACGCGCUCUUGAGGACGGUGUCGCUUGAUGCCUCGGGGGACGCGGUUGUGUACUAUAACGUCACGGUCCAUGCGCCGGCUUCCAAUUAUGCCAAUGCACAAAUAAUCUCUCCCGCCGGCGGCGGUGGAGGGGCACCGGCGCUGCUAAGGCGUUGAGUAGUAGUGGUUGUUCUUCUCCGAUGAUGGUGGCCGGCAACCGGUGGAUGUUAAUUACUGCUGUUAUGGCUUUUUGUGGCGCGUUUAAUUGUUUAGCUAUGUAAUUUUGGGGGAAUUGUUUGUCGUGGCUGGUGGGUGUCGUCACAUUAUAUUCCGGUUGUUUUUACUUUCCCCGCAAUUAAUUAGAAAUGUUGUCUUGUACGUUGUUAAAAAGCAUUACAUUAUAGACAUGGCAAAUUACACUCGAACCA